AUACACUCCAUCUUAUCUCUCUGCCUCUCCUCUUUGCCUUCUCCCAUCUUCUUCUUCAAUCCCCAAUUACCAGAUUCAAGAUGUAUUCAAACCCUAACUUCACCUUCUUCAUCAAGACCAUCCCGCAAUUCCACGAGAUGAUGACAUCUAGAUGGAGUAAAUAUACCCCAGUCCCUCGAUAUGCAUCAAUCUCCGAUGGCAAUGAAGUCGCUGAUGUGUGCGAAGGCCGUACUCGAUGACAGUGAUGCACGCUUGAAUGUGACGACACUGAACCCUAAACCACUGAAGAUGGCCAGAGGUAUGAACUACUUACACAGAAACCCGCCAAUUGUACACAGAGACCUCAAAUCUUCAAAUCUUCUUAUAGACAAGAACUGGUCGGUUAAGGUUGGGGAUUUCGGUCUUUCAAAAUUGAAGCAUGCAACCUUUUUAUCUGCUAGAUCCGGGGGAGGGACACCUCAAUGGAUGGCACCUGAAGUUCUUCGUAACGAACCUUCAAACAAGAAGUAA